AUGGAGUCCAUUGUCGCGGCCUACGGGUCGUCGUCCGAGUCAUCGAACGCUACAUCAGCCAGUGAAGCAGAAUGCGCUGCCGGAGAGAACGAGUCUACUGCUCGUGACGACGCACAUGUUGGGGCAAAGCGGAAGCGCUCUGGUGGACUGCACUGGAAGCGGGCGUUCCCACACGUGGAUGGCAAUUGGCCAAGCCACGUCCGGAUCGACGUCUCCGUCAACCAGGAGCUACGUCAACUGGCCAUGCACGCCAUCAAACGGGCCCAAGAACUCGUUGGUGAUGAUGCGAUCGCAGUGGUGCCGGUUGACGAGCUCAAGCUGCAAGAGGGUCCAGCGUCGGACGCACACAGUGCACUACAUGUGAGUCUCUCGCGACCGUUUGUCCUCACUUACGACCAGAUCCGUGAUUUCGUCGACUCGCUUCGCGCAGCACUCAAGUGGCGACAACGCUUCUGCAUCACUUUGCGUCGCAGUCUCGUGCUACUGAACGAUGACAAGACACGGUCGUUCCUAGCACUCCGUGUUGUUGAAGGAAGUGGCGAAGUCGUGCAGUUGCUGCGCUGCGUGGACCAGUGCCUCGCACGCUUUGGCCAGCCUGUUUACUAUCAGGACCCCAUUCCGCAUGUCAGCAUCGCGUCUUCGGUGGGUGAAAAGCUUGCGCAACUAACACCGGAGCAAUGCAAUAGCCUUCUCGCCUGCCCAACGGCAACACAGCAGAUGACGAAAUCACACUCCUUGACGACAAGCGUAGCUGCAGUCCACGUUGCUGUAGGCAACAAACACUACGACAUCCCACUUCGCUAA